AUGAUCUCGCCUUUGUUAUUCUCUUCGUCAUUCCAACGGAUUCUAAGCCGUUCGUCCACGUUUGCCGCUGCGCUACCGAAGGGAAGAGGAAAAGAGAUCAUUUCGUUAGACCAAUGCAACAAAAAGAAGGCCCAACGUCGUGAGCAAACGGAGGGAAGAGAGAAUGGAAACAAAGGAAACAAGAGAUUUUCUGCUGCAUCCCUAGCAAUGCUUUUUAUCCCUGCCACAACAUUCGGACUUGGCUGCUGGCAAACGUACCGGCUUCGCUGGAAACUAGAUCUGAUUGAAAGGUUAAAGUUGCAGUUGAACGAAGCAGCGAUUGACUUUCCAGUUGACGAUAUUUCGAAGCUCGAAAAUAUGGAAUACCAACGGGUACGACUUUCGGGAGAAUUCCUACACGAAAGGGAAUUUUACAUCUCUCCUCGGGGACGCUUCGAUCCUGGUCAUGAGGAGAAAAGUACUGGUUCCUUGCUUUCAAGCGAUAAUCUCUCCAGUCAUGGUGCUCAUAUCAUAACACCAUUUCGGCUCUCAAAUUCCAACCUUGUAGUAAUGAUCAACCGAGGUUGGGUCCCUGCAUCCAAAAUCCCCCCAAAUUCACGCAGUUCAUCUCAGCCCAAGGGUGAAGUAACCAUAGAAGCAGUGCGACCACAAUUCGUUGGCGAAAACGUGCCGGAAAAAGGACUAUGGUUCUACAAAAACUUUGCUCAGAUGGCAAAGCAAUAUAAUACGGAUCCUAUUUAUCUGGAAGCGGUUUAUGUUCAUAUCCAUGCAGCUGAACUUACAUAUUUUGGUCUUGAUUGCCAUCAUAAGCCAACGAAGUUUACUAUGAGACGGUCUGAUAUUACUCUAAUAACGUGUACUCUCCUUGUCUUAUCGCGGCCCGUUUUCUCCACCCAGGAAGAGUUAUAUCCCGAGGACUGGACUGAUCCUAAUGAUCCAACUCAUGGUCACCUAUCUUCCGUCACUGCUGAGAUUGCUCGGGGAGGAAAAGACGUUCGGACCUGUGAGGAAUAUGACCCUACAUUGCGCCUCAUAUUGCGUGAGAUGUUCAGAGAGCUUAAUGUCGAUCCAUCCGAAAAGGCAUUCUUUUCUCGUUUAGCAAAGAUAUCAUUGUCAUCGAUCAAUAUGAAAAUCAUCGGUUCGUACUUAGAGAAAGAAACAUUGGAAAAUGAGCUUGUUAUGCGAGAGCAAGUGAGAGGAGCCUUACACAGCAUGAUUGAAGUGUAUAAUGAAGAUUCUUCUGUUUCUGCAUGGCAAGAAGUUCUUACAAUGGCUCAACCAUGGAUUUCCGUUCUUAACAUGAUGAUCCUACCACCAGCCCUGUUUUUUGUUCUAAAAAAUGUGAUGGGUUCCCGCUCUCUCCUGAGCUGCAUUGUCCUGGUAUUCUUCAUUGUGUCGAUGAUAACAACUUACAAUAGAAUGUAUCAGGAGAAACUGGCGCAACGAAUGGCAGAAGCUAUGAGUAGAAAAGAAGAUGCAUGCGCGGCAAAUAGUCUCCUUGAACAGUCGCUCGAGUAUCUCUCCAGCUUUCUCUUUUUUCGAAAGAAAUCUUCUUGUGUAUCUUUCAUUGAGUCGCAAACCGUAUCUAUUGUGGCCGAGAUAUCACUUCUUGACGUUUUCUCAGACGUUCUAUCCAACUCAGUGUUUGGAAUCCUUGGAAAUCUUGGCCGUCACACUAAUCGCUUCUUCCGAGAAUUCUAUGAGAAUGUUCCGCUUCCUGCAAUGCUUCUUAUGACGGUCACUUUGUCCUUCAAAGCCGGAAACAAGAAACUCGAAGAUGAGCCUCGCUCUGGUCGACCGACUGCAAUAUCGUUCCACGAACUGAAGAAUCAGGCGGAGCAGCAUCCAUAUGAAGGUGUGCGGUAUUUUGCUGCCAGUCUUGGCUGUUCGCUGUCCACCGUGGGAAAUAGACUGCGACCUCUCGGAAUGGUGAAAAAGCUCGGUGAGUGGCUCCCACAUGCAUUGAGCGACGGCAACCGCCAAAGACGCCUGGACAUCUGCACUCAGCUGCUCUCCGGAAGCCGCAGAUUGGACUGGCUGAACACCAUUGUCGCUGGAGAUGAAAAAUGGGUCCUCUGUGUCAACCACACCCACAAACGUGCGUGGUGUGUUGGCGAUGGAAUGCCGGAUCCUUUCGUGAAAGGUGAAAUCCAUGAGAAGAAGGUCAUGCUGAGCGUCUGGUGGGGAGUUUAUGGAAUCUGCCGUUUCGAACUGCUACCGGACAACACGACAGUUGCUGCCGAGGUCUACUGCGCUCAAAUGCAAAGACUGGUUGACAAGAUCCGCAAGGAGCACCCGACGCUAGACAACGUUCGCCUGCUGCACGAUUACGCACGUCCUCACAUCGCUAAAAAGACCUCCCAGAAAAUUCUGGAGCUCGGAUGGGAAGUUCUACCGCACCCACCGUACGGGCCGGACCUGGCCCCGAGCGACUACCACCCCUUCCGAUCGCUUCAGCAUCACCUGGAAGAGAAGCGCUACGAUGAUCGUGACCACGUCAAAAAUGACCUUCGGACUUUCUUCGCCUCCAAGUCGCCGGAGUUCUACGCCAAAGGAAUCCGUGAUCUUGUGAGACGUUGGCAGAAGAUCUUCGCAACCGUUCGGAUAAAGACACCUUUAUUUACUUUUGAACCUCUCCUUCUAUCAACUUUUCGUUACGCUACCGGCUCGGUUGUCCAAUACAUAGACGGUUCCAAUGUAAGAGAGUUGAAUGACAACCACAGAGCUACUAUCCGAGGAGGUGAAGCAGUGGAGAAAGCGGACGUCCAGAUUAGAAAUAGAGGUAGAAACGCACUCCGUCACCGAAGACCGAAUCCGCACGCGGCAAUCACAAGUGGUGCGAUGGCCAGAUCAUUAUCCCGUGAGAGCUCAAUGGAUUCUUCUAUCAGUAUGGCUUCAAAUCGUUCUAGAAGCACACCAAGAUGA